AUGUCCUGGUCCGGCUUCAAGAAAGCCGCCUCGCGCGCCGGAACCCAAGUAAUGAUGAAAACAGGCCACGUAGAGAAGACGACAAACCGAGAAUACGAAGUGGAAGAACGUCGCUACCGAACCCUCGAGUCCGCUUCACUACGGCUACAGAAAGAAGCCAAAGGCUAUCUGGACAGUUUACGAGCCAUGACAGCGAGUCAGAUGCGCAUUGCUGAGACGAUUGACGCCUUUUAUGGUGAGGCCGGAGCGAAGGAUGGUGUGAGUCGGAGUUAUAAGCAGGCGGUGGAGGAUCUGGAUGCCGAGACUGUGAAGGCGUUGGAUGGGCCUUAUAGGACGACAGUACUUGAGCCUAUAGGUCGAUUCUGCGCAUACUUCCCCGACAUCAACGAGUGCAUAAAAAAGCGCAACCACAAACUUCUCGACUACGAUGCCGUACGAGCGCGAGUCAAGAAGUUGACUGAGAAGCCGGACAAAGAUCCUGGCAAACUUCCUCGAACCGAGAAGGAAGCAGAAAUGGUGAGCACGCUCCAUGAUUAUCUCCAGCAGACUUGGGGAAUCUCCUCACCGAGCAUAUCUUUCCCUACCGGACCGGAACCCCACACGCCACUUCGAGCGCCAAAGGUUGCAUUCCAUGCACGGCCCGAUCUGGACGUGGAUCUCUCUGUGCCUUCGCCGCCGAAGAGACUGAAAGGAGACGAUGCGGAGAAGAUGAGACUUCUGCAGCUCGAGGACGAGGAGUUUGUGCGCCGCCACGGUGGCUUGAAACUGAGCUCGAGCAGAUACGCCAGAUCAUCUGCGCCUUCCUCGCUACCACAAAACGUCCAAGGCGACAUCCCUGGCUUGCUUCGAGGCGGACCUGUGAGGUUCCACCACACCACUCCCGGAUCAGCACUCCAGCAUGGAUCUUUAACAGAUCCGCGCAGCCCCUACACUUCAUUCACACUGUCACAAACCACGCAGCCAUUCACCACGCAAGACGCUACGAAAGCAGGCCAUACAACUUCCACUACACCAACCACAACCCAAACCCGCACCCAAAAGGAAGGACGCAAGCCCGACCACUCCGUCAAAACACCCUUCUUCCAACCCUCGGAACUAGAGCAUAUCAUGGCACCCAUGAAGCAGCAGUACCUGCGAGACCAGGCUAACGGAGCAUCACAGGCCAAAGUCGGCUACGAACAAUUAAACGACCAACUCACAACCGAACUACCACAAUUGAUCGAUCUACGGGUACCCUACCUCGACCCCUCCUUCGAAGCCCUCGUCAAGAUCCAAUUACGAUUUUGCGCUGAGGCAUAUAGUCGGAUGGCACAGGUGCAACAAUACCUCGACGCAUCGACACGGGACUCGUACGCUAGCGGCGAUUUGGAUGCACGGGUUGAGGAUGUUUUGGGGCAGAUUCGGGAGUUGAGUAUUGCUGGAACGGUGUAA